CUCACAUACAUACUAUGAAUAGGAAUGGAGUUUGGGAUCCUGUUGCUUUUGACCUUCUUGCUGAGCAGCCUAGCCUUUCCUUCAGAGGGACACCAUCCCUUCCUGGGAGGGAAGGGCGAUUAUGAGGUGAUCCGGCCAGUCAGACUGCAUAUCCUGCACAAGACAAACACCCAGUCAGUAUGGCCCGACGUGGUUGGGUAUAGGCUAACCAUGGCUGGGAGACACAUGGAACUUCACCUGGAGAGAAACCAGGGCCUGUUUGCACCAGACUACAGUGAAACACACUACACCAAGAAUGGAAGUAGGGUCACGUCUUCCCCGGGGGACCUGGAUCUCUGCUGCUACUCUGGGACGGCUGGCGGCGGUAAUGAGACCUCAGCGAGCAUCAGCAUCUGCCAUGGCCUGAGGGGCUACAUUAAGACUGCAGCAGAGAUUUACCUGAUAGAGCCACUGUCAGACAGCGACACUGGGGACCACGCCCUGUUCAAGUACGAGCACCUGGUUACAGAGCCCAGGGUGUGUGGAGUGCACAACCACACGCUGGAGUCUGCAAUUCCAUUCAUUCGCACCAGGGGGAGCUCAGGAGCCUCAGCCCUGUCCACCUCACUGCAGGAGAAGUACAUUGAGCUGUACUUGGUUGUGGACCACAGAGAGUACCGCAAAAUGAACAGUGACCUGGCAGAAGUGAGAAGGCGCAUUUUUGACAUUGUCAUCUUUGUGAACAUGGUCUACAAGCCCCUUCACACACAUAUCAUUCUCGUGGGCGUCGAGGUCUGGACGGACCAGGACAAGAUCCAGUUGUCGACCAGUGCUGGGGAGACCCUGGACAGCUUCACAAAGUGGAGAAACGAUGUCCUGAUGAACGCCAGGACUCACGACAACGCACAACUGAUAACAGCCAUGGAUUUUGAGGGUGGCACGGUGGGUUUGGCUUAUGUUGGCACCAUUUGCCAACCCCAGUCUACAGGGUUGGUGCAGGACAGCAGGCCCUACGCCAUUAGUACCGGGGUCACACUGGCCCAUGAGAUGGGACACAACCUGGGCAUGAGUCAUGACACUGAAGACUGCACCUGUCCGGAGGACACCUGCAUCAUGUCUGCUGUGCUCAGUUACAACCCCCCGAGGUUCUUCAGUAGUUGCAGCCAGAAGAGGUAUGAGCUUUUCCAGGAAUCUUGGAAUCUCAGCUGCAUUCUGAAUAAGCCGGUGGCGGUGGUCCAGGUGUGUGGGAAUGGACUCCUGGAGGUGGGAGAGGAGUGCGACUGUAGCACUGAGGAGGAAUGCACAGACCCAUGCUGCAACGCUGCCACCUGCAGGCUGGUGGAAGGGGUGCAGUGUGUGUCCGGGGACUGCUGCGAGAACUGCAAGAUUGCGGCAGCCACACGGGAGUGCCGUCCGCGGCGGGACGACUGUGACCUCCCUGAGUUCUGCACAGGCAGAGAUGCCAGCUGCCCUGAGGACGUCUUCGCUGCAAAUGGCCUCCCCUGUGGUGAUGGACAGGGCUACUGUUAUGAUGGACGGUGCCCUAUGCGCUCGCAGCAGUGCAUCCGCAUGUGGGGGGAAACGGCAAAAGUGGCUGCUGACUCCUGCUAUGAACUGAACACCCACGGUAUCUUCUCUGGGUUCGGCUGGCGUGUUGGUCCAGAUGGCUACUUCAAAUGCAAUGAAUCGGACAUGCUAUGCGGUAAACUGUUCUGUGCCAACGGCAGUGACACCCCCAGCUACGGCCAGCCAAUGCAGGUGGGUCAGUGCAAAGCCACCUUCUAUGGCGACCCCUCCCAGGACCGUGGCCAGGUGGAAGUUGGGUCCAAGUGUGGUGAAGGGCAGGUCUGCUGGAGUAAUCAGUGUGUAGAUCUGGAGGUGGCGUACAUGAACACCCACUGCUCUGAGAACUGCCCAGGCCAUGCAGUGUGCAACCACAAGUCAGAGUGUCAGUGUGAGCCGGGUUGGCUCCCCCCCACCUGCAGCAGCCAGGACGCCCAGAUGGGGGCGCAAGACCAGUCACAGGGGUCCAUUUCUUUGAUCGUAAUUGUCAUAGUAGCUGGGGGCAGUCUGAUGAUCCUGCUCGUCCUGGGUGGGGUGGCCCUUGUCCUCAUACGCAGGCGAAAUCGCUUGGAUGCUAACAGCAUCUGCUCCAGCAGGAAAGGCCAGAAUUACCCAACAGCUUCCCUACACAGCCUGCAGAUCUGCACAAUCAGCCACAAUGGCAUGCAGGAUCCCUGCCCCCCCCUGGUGUGAGGAGACUCCUGGGUGUGGGAUGAAGGCAGAGGUCAAAUUUCAGAAGGAACGCACAGCGAGGAAGCUCCACUGCCCAACAAAAUAUCAGCACCUGCCAGCAGAGAGCAGGAUGAACGUGGAGGCUGGAGGCGGAGCCAGAACACAUGACCAGGCUGGUGCUAUAAGAGUAGAGCAGGGGCUUCAAACGCCGGUCCUGGAAGGCUGGAGCCCUGUGUAGCUUAGUUCUUUCCCUGUUCCAUCACAAAAAAUUCAGCUCAAGAGCUGUGAGGUAAUUAGCACAAGGAAUUGAACCAGGCGUGUUAAAUGAGGUAAAACUAAAAACUGUGAAGGGCUCCAGCUCUCCAGGACUGGAGAUCGAGACUGCUGCAGAGAUUCACUGCAAAUUGAUGAAAUGUUGAUAUUACAAUUCAAUUUACAAGAUGCAAAAAAACCCCCAAAAAAUUAAUUAAAAAUCCGCAAUGGUGGGGAACGAGGAUUACACUAUGUGGAAAGAAAUAUUGAAGUUCCUGCCUGGUCCUUACUUAUUUGAUUACACACUAAUGGUCUGGGCCUGUUUUCAUUGCAUUGUCCCUGGUUUAAGGUUGAAAAGCCUGCUAUAUGAGUUUUGAUAUAUCACAGCAGAGAGAUACCAGAUUCUAGUUUUUACUUACUCUGACUUGAUAUAAUGUGUUUCACGAAAUGCUUUGCUUAAAACCAAGUCAGCCUGGCAUUCCGGGACACAGUCGCACCUGAUUCGGAGGAAACCUGCCUGAGGUGUGUCUGCAGCAAGCAGGCUGCAGCAAACAUGCUGUAACUUGCAUCGCAGGCGCUCUCAGGUAUGAUGGAAACGCGACUCCAAGGUUGUGAUAUUACCUGGCAACGGCAAAGAGGAAUUCUGCAGGACGGCGGCCAUCAGCUGAAAUCAGCUCUCAAAGGCUGGGUACAAAAGACAACUAACAACGCCGUCAGUCACGGAUUGCGGCUGCUACUCUGACGGUGGUUUUACUCUGUAUAUCAGCACAAAGAGUGUCAUAUUGAUGCAUCUCUGCUCAU